UACAGUGUUGGUAAAAAUGGUUCUCGAGAUUGUGAUUUUUUGACGUUUUUAUGGCUGGGCGGAUUUUCCUCAUAAAAUCUGCAAUUUUUUUUUCCAUUUCCAUAAUCAGCGACCACUUUUUUACUAUAGUGCACAUUUUCAGUCAUCUCACGUCAGUUCUUCUCAUCCUCAUUUCAAUUACUUCAUGGAAGCAUCUCGAGAACCAUCCUUGUCUUUGGUUAAAUCCACUCUUAGUCUUCAUUACAGCUUCAACCCGUGCAGGCAUACUCUCAAUAUACUUGCGGCAGGUCUCUACAGAAAAAGUUUCCCACUCUACUUCUAUGCGAUCCCACAAUUCAUGGACACCUUUAGCCUGGCGAUCGUAAGCACUCAAUUUCAACUUUCAGUGGUGCCAGAUGUGCUCAAUCGGGUUAAGAUCCGGCGACUGAGCAGGCUAAGGCAAAACAGAAUACCGUUGCAACUCAAGGUACGCCUUGGUGUACUUGCUGGUAUGCUUCAGAUCAUUGUCUUGCUGGAAGAUCAUGGCAUCUUCAUCAAAGCCGAAAUGGUUGAUCGUGUGCCGCAAAGUAGUAUCCAAGAUAUAAACAUAGUCCUCCUUUUUCAUAGUACCAUCAAAAAUCUGGCAGCCAUACCCAAGCCCUUUAUAAGUGAGGCAACCCCACAUCAUGAUUCCACCUUUGCCAUGCUUGACAGUGAGAUCAAGAUGAUGGGGUUUCAAGGGAUCACCAGCCAUCAGAACCCCAGACGUUGAUCUUGGUCUCGUCUGACCAAACAACUCGCUUCCAGUCGUCAAUAGUCCAAUUUUGGUGGGCUUUCGCCC